AUGUUGAAAGGAAAGAGGAGGCAGGCAACUGCGGGACGAGCCUGUGCUGGGAACUGGCUUAGACUCCGGGGCUCUGGGCAGAGAAAGGUGACUGUGGAAGAAGUGACCCUCACCUGGGUCUCUGAGUUCUUGCUCUUGGGACUCUUAGAAGCCCCCAAACAGCAGCAGCUGCUUUUCGUCAUUAUCAUGAGCAUGUACUUGGUGACUGGGCUGGGGAACCUGCUCAUCAUCCUGGCCAUGGGCAUGGAUGCCCAGUUCCGCACGCCCAUGUACUACUUCCUGGCCAACCUGGCCUUCGUGGACAUUUGUUUCACCUCCACAACUGUCCCCAAGAUGCUGGCCAAUCACGUGCCAGGACGCAGAGGGAUCCUUUACAUGGGCUGCUUGACCCAGACAUUCUUUAUCAGGUUCGUGGGCAUCGACAGCUUCCUGCUGACCUCUAUGACCUACGACCACUACGUGGCCAUUUGUCACCCCCUGCAUUACACCAAGCCCAUGAUGCCAUGGCUCUGUGGCCUUUUGGUGGCUUCCUCCUGAACCACCACCUUUGGGAAUGCCCUGAUCCACAUGGUCUUCCUGACCCGCCUUUCGUUCUGCACCCACAACCAAGUCCCCCAUUUCUUCUGCGACCUCAGCCCUCUGCUGAAGCUGGCCUGCUCAGGCACAUUUCUCAACAAUGUGAUGGUGUACACUGUGGGCACCCUGACAGUCAUCACAUUCUUCGUGGGAAACUUGGUGUCCUACACGUACAUCGUCGCUGAGGUGUUAAGGAUCCCAUCCAUGGGAGGGAGGCAGAAGGCUUUCUCCACCUGCGGCUCUGACCUGUCCAUGGUGACCUUGUUCUAUCAGAUGCUCAUUGGGGUUUAUUUCAGCCCCAUGUCCUCCCACAUUGCCAGUAAAGACACAGCAGCUGCAGUGAUGUACACCGUGGUCACCUCCAUGCUGAACCCCUUCAUCUACAGUCUGUGGAAUAAAGACAUAAAGAGGACCCUGAGACAAUUCUUCUGA